GCUUUGAACUGAUGAUGAAGGUCUCCACAUAGUAACUGACUCAAUCUUUUUUUGACAUAAAGUACGAGCCAAGGGGUGGCCAAAAAUAGUCUGUUUACCGCAGGACGUGGACUUGUGGUAACUAGCUGAUUGUAUGUGGACCAUUUCCCUCGGCUAUAGAUUGGUGUCCGGCUAUCCGAUGCUGCUGCUCAUCCUCACUCCGGGACGAUAGGCUAAUUAACUGAUGACUACCGAGCGCUCUGAUGUCCGACCUCCCCAUGAUGUCGAACUGGGGAUUUGCGUGCUAUGGCUGAAGAUGUCUCUGGACUCUGAUAAGGUGUGUGGGCUGCUGUCCCGGGACUCCAGGACCUCCUGUGUCUUCCAGGCUGCAGACGAGAAGGAUGACAUACCAGGGGUGGGGGAGGACAGUGUUUUGGAGAUGCUGAGCUAUUCUAAGUUCUCUGACCUGGAGACAUGGCUGUGCAUGCCCUCCACGCUGCUCCCCAGGGCCCUAGAGUCCACCCACUCUACCUCCUCCUCAGGCUCCACCUCUACAGCACACCUCUCCACCUGCAGCGAGACUGGCGAGACAGACACACCACACAGACCUCUAGAUAGGGAGGCCAUGUUCCUGACCCCUGCACUGGGGCGGGAAAUCCCAUUCCUGGCCACACCCUUAGCCCCCAUCCUGUCCUCUACACCGUGCAACAUAACCCCCCAGGGCGGGGUCAGUGUCAGGAAGCGCAGGCGAUUGGCAGCCAGCCCCGGGGGACUACACUGGACCUCUACAGGCUCAGUGCAGCGGGACUUCGACAGAACAGAGCCAUCUCCCAUAUCAUCAGCCCAGGCCCCAACCCCAGCACCGGCCCCGGGUGUGAGAAGCCUCCCCCUGGAUGAGACAGCAACAGCAGCGGGUGAGGGAGAGACAGCGGGUGAGCGGGCGGCUCUGAGGAAGACUGUAUCCGUUGACGACCGUCUGAUGCAGUCGGCGCCCAGAGAGCAGCAGCAGCACAGACUCCUCAGCAGGCUGGAGAGAGGCAAGAAGAAACUCAGGAACAUACAUAGUCUUGGAUCCACAGGCAGAUACGAGACCAGGAAGAACUCGGAGAGUAAGAUAUCUCACCUGGCUCAGAGGUUGAACCAGAGACCAGGGGAUGCUCUGAUAAAGGACUUCAGACAGUUGCUCUACACGGGCUCACCACGCACGUCUCACAGCCUGGACAGGAACUUCUAUUCUAUCAGCAUGACUCAACAGAUGCAGAACCUGCAGCUGUCCCAAACCAGGAAGUGCUCGGGAGGCCCUGCCUCUCCCAGCGCUGCCAAGCGCCUGUACAGGAACCUAUCAGAGAAGCUCAAAGGUGGCCACUCCUCCUUUGAGGAUGCCUACUUCUUCGGCCGUGGAGACCGCCACGGUCAUCGCAAGGGCUCGAGCAUGCAAGGUAGUGAGUGUCUGUUUGAGGCGGUGGAGCAGCAGGAUCUAGAUGCUGUCCAGAUCCUUCUCUACCAGUACACAGCUGAGGAGCUGGACCUCAGCACACCCAACAGCCAAGGGUUAACACCGCUAGACAUCGCCAUCAUGACCAACAACACCCCCAUAGCCAAACUACUGCUGAAGGCCGGCGCCAAGGAGAGCCCUCACUUUGUCAGUGUGGAGAGUCGCGAGGCCCACCUCGGCAGCCUGGUCAUCGAAGCAGAGAGAAAGGCAGGGGAGCUGGCUGCCCAGGCCCAGAGAGAGGGUCUCAGCCUGGAGGCCUGUGACAAAGACAAGCAGCUCCGAGCCUGGGAGUGGAGGAGCAAGCUCUACAAACGCAUGAGGACUGGCUUCCAGCAUGCACGUGUGCCGGAGCCCCCGUCUGCAGUGGGUCUGUGUGUAACCAGUAGCUCCUCUCUCACAGUUACCUUCCAGGAACCCCACUGUCUCAAUUCUGCUGUGGUCACCAAGUACAGAGUGGAGUGGAGCUGUCUAAAGGAUUUCUCAUUGCUGGCCGGAGACAUGAUGUUGGAAAACCUACAAACGCUCAAGUGUACCAUCAACGGCCUUACCAUGGGGAGGCUGUACUAUGUUCAGGUGUCAGCCUACAACAUGAGAGGUUGGGGUCCACCUCAACAAUCUCUACCCCCCUCUGCUGCACCUUCCAACUGGAGGGAGAGUGAUGGUCGUGAGCCCAGGAGAAGAGGGCACAUAGAGGCUAUGGAGCGCUUGCUGCAACAGGUCCGCGCUACACACACACACUACAGCUGCGGAGACACAUCAAAGCUCCAGAACCCAAGCCGUAAGCAGUCCGUCUCCAGAAGUCUCAAGCACCUGUUUAACUCUUCAAACAAGUUCGUGAAGACACUCAAAAGGGGGGUUUACCUGGCGGCAGUGUUUUACCACAAAGACAGUGUUCUGGUGACCACAGAGGACCAAAUCCCUAUAGUGGAGGUGGAUGACUCCUACGGCAGCUCUCUCAUGCAGGACUUCCUCUGGUUCACUAAGUUGUCAUGUAUGUGGGAGGAUGUGCGGUGGCUGAGACAGAGUAUGUCUGUCUCCAUGUCCUCCUCCUCCACUCUACAGGCCAGACAGAAGAUGCUGUCUGCCGCCGGGCAACUACAGAAUCUGUUAGGCACACACAACCUGGGGCGUGUCCACUACGAGCCCAUCAAGGAUCGUCAUGGUAAUGUAUUGCUAUUGACGAUCAGGGACAUGGAGAGCCAGUACUCCUUCUUCAAUGGGAAGUGGAUGCAGGUGUCCAAGCUACAGAGCCAGAGGAAGAGUCUGUCCACACCUGAGGAACCCUACGCACUGGACAUACUGCUAAUAACCAUACAGGACAUCUUGGCCUACCAGAGGCGUAGCCAGCAUCGCCUGGUCCCAGGUCUGUACCUGGGCUACCUGAAGCUCAGCAGCUCUGUAGACCAGAUCAGGGUGCUGGUGCCACAGAGGAUGCCCAACAUGCUGUGCCACGCGCGGGUACGAGACAACGCCAAUGUCUCCAGGGAGGAGUGGGACUGGCUGCAGAGACUGUCAACCCUAGAGGAUGGAGAGGAGAGAACGGCAGGAGAGAGAGAGGGAGCAAAUCAAACGACAGACAGUAACACACCGCUCCUCUACUACGAGCUACAGACUUCCCUCAAGGCCCUGCUCAAACUCAUCAACCUACCUCUGCACCAGGCCAAGCACUUCCGUAUCUACACUCACGAGGUGUUGGAGCUGGGUCAUAAUGUUUCCUUUCUGCUGCUGCUGCCGGCAGCUGACGAUGUGUGUACCGCUCCCGGACAGAGCAACCCCUACACCCCCCACUCCGGCUUUCUCAACCUCCCUCUACAAAUGUUUGAGCUGGUCCAUUUCAGUGCGUACAAGGAGAAGUGCAUCAGUCUGUACUGCCGCAUGUCAUCUGUCUUGGACCUGGAUGCACUUAUUACCCAGCAGGCACUGCGAGAGGCCAUAAUGGACACAGAGGUUGCCACUGCCAAACAGAGACACCAACAUAUACUGGACUACAUACAGCAACUGGAUGAGAUGUGGCGGGAGCUGCGUUGGAUCACUGAUGCCCUGCAGUGUGCCCGCUACAAGCAGCCCCGUGGCGGUGUGCCCAUCACCAGCCUGGUCAAUGCCAGCGAGCCUGAGUCAGACCAGGGGGCACAGAAGAGUGACUCAGCAUCCUCUACCAUGGACUAUCUACCCACACCAUCACCAUCACCUGAGCUACGGCGCAGGAAGGAUGUUAGUGACUCCCAGCUGGGGUCAGAUGAGGACGGUUGUUCAGAGGUGUUCCUGCCGACAGACAGUGACUACGACUCCAGCGAAGCUUUGUCCCCACGCGAGCUGGACCUGCUCUACUCCCCCCCACAGGACCUAUCCCAGCAGGCCGUGCACGCCCUGGGAGGCAGCGCUCCCGACGUACUACAGAUACACGAGCUCAGGUACAGCAUCUGCCAGCCCAAAGACCUCGCUCUCUCCCCCGCCUUCCCCCUCUCCCCAGGCCCAAUCCUCUCCCCCGCCCCACCCCUCUCACCUGCCCCCAUCUUCCCUGAGACCACUCUAUCCUGCUCCAAAACCCUGGAGGGUCUCUCCCUCUCCAAGACAACCCAGGACAAGCACUCCUUCACCCCGUUGCGGCCGCUUGCCAACCCCCCAACCAAGCGGAAGCUGCUGUCCCGGAGCCACGGGGCCACUGGGGCCCAGGUGGGUUACUUCAGCGGGCCCCAGCGGUGGCUCAGGGGCCACAGCGACAGCCACACAGGGUCCCUGUCCGAGGGGGUCUAUACCAGGCAGAGGGACCCAGACCUGCCCACCCUGCCCCUGAAUCUCCCAUCACCUCAGGAGGAGAUAUAUGCUAGUCAUGCUUCCUGUGUCCUGGAGGGCCGGAGGGGGGGACAGAGGGAGCCCAGGCCCCAUAUCAGGACUAUCUUUGUGGAACCGUGUAAGGAAACGUCGCCUGAGAACAGGGGCUGUGGAGAGGAGGAGAGAGGGAUGGAGGGAAAGGGAGGGAUGGAAAGAGGGGCAGGGGUGACAAUGGUUUUGGCAGAGGAGGGGUCAGGAGAGGAGGGGUAUGAAGGAGCGAGAGCCCAGGAUCUGGACUCAGACGACCAAACAAAUGCACAGGUGUCAGAGAUCCUCAGCAGCAAGCUCUAGGAUUAGACAAUGGUUCGGCAAGGCACUCCAGGAUUGGACAAUGCUCAGUAAUAUGCUCUAGGAUUGGCCAUGUUCAGCAUUUGACAGUGGUUCAGUAAUAACCUCCAGGAUUGGACAAUAGCUCAGCAACAUGAUCUAGGAGUGGACGGGACUGAGUAACAAGCUUUUGAACGAUUGGACAUCGGCUAAUUGAUGACAGUUGGUCGGAGCGAUGUUGUUUUGGUGCGUUGCAUCCACUACAUAUCCCUCAUCCCUGUGUCCAAACUGAUAAUGAUGCCCCUUUUCCUGUCUGUUUGUCUCUGUGUGUGUUGUUGUGUGGGUCUAUAUCUUUCUUUUAUCCCUUUCUCUUUCUAUCGAUCCUUCAAAUGACUGUGGACAGGCAUGCUGAACAGACUCUGAGCUAGUGCAUGUUUCUCUCUGAGCUCAUGCACGUGUGUAGCUCACAGACUAGACAACCCUUGCUCUCUCUGUAGAAUGUACUAGAGACUCAGGUUGCUGGCCAACUGUCUGAACUGUUAACUCAGAACCAAGCCAAGGCUCCAACUGUUAUGACCUAUAAUUAAUGCACCAUGACGUCGCUGUCGGAUCUAAACGUCAACUCAAAAAAAGAAAUUAAAUGUAUUUUCCAAAUAACGAACAUACAAUUAUGAAACUUCAGAAGUAUUUUGAAUACAUUUUCUUUGUCCUAGAGUCAUGAAAGGCAGUUACUGCUUUCAGCACAUAUAAAACAUGAAAAUUGGCAAAAAUUGUGUUACAAGCUUUUCAUCCGACAGCGACGAUGAAUUUAAGCACUGCUUUACCUAUACCUCUGCACUUGAAAGUGUGUUGAUGACCGACAAUGGCUUGAAGUUACUAUUUCAAUUGAUGAGUAUUCAUUAUACAUUGACACCUUACAUGAACUCAGCAAAAAAAGAAACGUCCUCUCACUGUCAACUGCGUUUAUUUUCAGCAAACUUAACAUGUGUAAAUAUUUGUAUGAACAUAAGAUAUGACAACUGAGACAUAAACUGAACAUGUUCCACAGACAUGUGACUAACAGAAAUGGAAUAAUGUGUCCCUGAACAAAGGGGGGAUCAAAAUAAAUCAAAAGUAACAGUCAGUAUCUGGUGUGGCCACCAGCUGCAUUAAAUAUGCCUCCUCAUGGACUGCACCAGAUUUGCCAGUUCUUGCUGUGAGAUGUUACCCCACUCUUCAACCAAGGCACCUGCAAGUUCCCGGAUAUUUCUUGGGGUAAUGGCCCUAGCCCUCACCCCCCGAUCCAACAUGUCCCAGACGUGCUCAAUGGGAUUGAGAUCCGGGCUCUUCGCUGGCCAUGGCAGAACACUGACAUUACUGUCUUGCAGUAAAUCACGCACAGAUUGAGCAGUAUAGCUGGUGGCAUUGUCAUGCUGGAGGGUCAUGUCAGGAUGAGCCUGCAGGAAGGGUACCACAUGAGGGAGGAGGAUGUCUUCCCUGUAACACACAGCGUUGAGAUUGCCUGCAAUGACAGCAAGCUCAGUCCGAUGAUGCUGUGACACACUACCCCAGACCAUGACGGACCCUCCACCUCCAAAUCGAUCCCUUCUCCAGAGUACAGGCCUCGGUGUAACGCUCAUUCCUUUGACGAUAAACGCGAAUCCGACCAUCACCCCUGGUGAGACAAAACCGCAACUCGUCAGUGAGGAUGACUUGUUUCCAGUCCUGCCUGGUCCAGCGACGGUGGGUUUGUGCCCAUACGGGACGUUGUUGCUGAUGAUGUCUGGUGAGGACCUGCCUUACAACAGGCCUACAAGCCCUCAGUCCAGCCUCUCUCAGCCUAUUGCGGACAGUCUGAGCACUAAUGGAGUGUUCCUGGUGUAACUCGGGCAGUUGUUGUUGCCAUCCAGUACCUGUCCCGCAGGUGUGAUCUUCGGAUGUACCGAUCCUGUGCAGGUGUUGUUACACGUGGUCUGCCACUGCGAGGACUGUCAGCUGUCCAUCCUGUCUCCCUGUAGCACUGUCUUAGGCGUCUCACAGUACGGACAUUGCAAUUUAUUGCCCUGGCCACAUCUGCAGUCCUCAUGCCUCCUUGCAGCAUGCCUAAGGCACGUUCACGCAGAUGAGCAGGGACCCUGGGCAUCUUUCUUUUGGUGUUUUUCAGAAUCAGUAGAAAGGCCUCUUUAGUGUCCUAAGUUUUCAUAACUGUGACCUUAAUUGCCUACCGUCUGUAAGCUGUUAGUGUGUUAACGACCAUUCCACAGGUGCAUGUUCAUUCAUUGUAUAUAGUUAAUUGAACAAGCAUGGGAAACAGUGUUUAAACCCUUUACAAUGAAGAUCUGUGAAGUUAUUUGGAUUUUUACGAAUUAUCUUUGAAAGACAGGGUCCUGAAAAGGGGAGGUUUCUUUUUUUGCUGAGUUUAUUAGAAGUGUGGACACAUGAUACAAGCCUUAUGUUUCUCUAGGUUUCUCAGCAUGGGUUUAUAGGCAUUUCCCCAAUAACAGUGAAUGUAUUGUCAUGGUUUAAAGUUGGUUUUCUGCAGUAAUUAAUUCUGUUUCAUUAUCAUCAUGCUAAGCUGCUUGAUUCUAUUUGGUUAUUUUGUGGAUCUGUUAUAACAAGAAGUCAACCAGAGUAUCAUUCAGAAUGACAGGAAUGUUCUUCAUACACUAAAACAGUAACUUUUCCCACUUUUCUCAAACUAUGAACAUAAUCUGACGACCAGCCUUCAAUAUCUGCAUAGUAUACAGUAAGAAGUAAACAGUUUUGAAUCCGAAAGUUUACUGUCGAUUUACACUAGUUGCCCCCGCGCCUAGUUCUGACGAGCCCAUCGUUAAGAAUACUGAUGAUAACGACAAUACUAAACAUUCCACAGCAAGCUGCAGUGAAUUCCAAUAUCAUAGCCUCUAUAUCCCUGUAAGUAUUUUUGUACUCUUUUUUAAUUUUUUAUCAUAACUUGCUAUUCAGCAUUGAAUGCCUACCAUUCGUAUUGUACUUGAGUCAAAUGAUGUAUUAUUUGUUGGCAUGGACUUGUUUUGUGUGGACUCUAGCUUAUGUCCAGUUUGAAUAUGUGCCCCCCUUGGUUUGGCUUGAGAAGGUCAAGGGUUAGAGGUUAGCGGUCAUGGUUGGUGGGGUCAGAGGUUAGGGACUUGAGUUACACAAAAACAGUCUGCACUUUGCAUCCUGGACUUAAGUAGCCUUGUUCUUCUGUUUAGCCAGAAAGUGAUUUGUGGUUUGAAGUUAUGUUUCUAUGACACUUUAAGGGUUGUUUUAAACUAAGUUGAAUCAUGAACACUGUAGCUUUGUGUUCUUAUCCUAUGUUCUCUGGUACAGAGUAUUAUACCCUCUAUAGUAGUAUUACUCUAUAUUACUCUCUAGAGUAUUAUAUUCUCUGGUAGAGAUGCAUACAGAGUAUUAGAAUCAUGUUAUUAAAGUAACAUUUCCAGGACCAGCUAAUGAUUGUGGUCAUAUGAGGUUUAACACAUCAUGGACUAUAUCGGACUGAAUUGCACUUUCAACAUGUCUUGUUUUUUCAUUUGAUUUCUAUGAUACAUCAAGCUAAUUCCCAAACAAUACCUUAAUGGUUUUAUCAAAGCCACGUUGCACGGGUAACAGGGAUACCUUGAGCUAGCUUUUCACUAUUUUAACAUUGCAGGUGAUUAUAAAACCUCAUUCAAAUUUGAUGUACUGAUCGAGGGCAGCUUUAUCGGUAACUAUUGUAAAACAAAUUGUUGCAUUAUUGGAAUCUUAAUAUGACUUGUUGAAGUGUAUUGUUGCAUCAACAGGCCGGUUGGUUUUCCACUACACAGUAUAUAUUUGCAACAAUGUUUUUAUCAUAUGUAGCUAGGCUAGUAAUUAUUGUAUUCUCACUUGACAGUGUAUAAGCCACCUUUGCAUUUACAGGCUGUUGUAAAUGAGUACUGAUCGCCUACGAAUAGCAAGUGUAAUAGGGGAUUAAAACAUGUGUUUCACAGUAUGUAUCCAUUCAUAGUUAAUGGACUAAUAAUUACAGUAGUUGUUAUAAGUAGAUACGAGCUGUAAGGAAUGCUUAUAACUAGUCUCAUAAUGCUCUACGAGUGUUAUAGAAGGCACUAUAAUGCAUUAUUAGGCCACACAGGUGGUUCAUAGAUAAUGUAUGUGUCCCAAAUGGCACCCUAUUCCCUUUAGGGACUAUAGGGCUCUGGUCAAAAGUAGUGCAAUAUAGGGAAUAGGGUGCUAUUUGGAACGCAGACAGUGUUACACUCACUUUUAUUUACAGUCAUGUCGUCUUUAAACCACCUCCAAAUGAACAAAUGCAUUAAUGCUAUUGUUUUAAGUGUUGGGCUUUGGGUUUGGGUGUAGGCCUACUACCAAAUCUACCAGUUAAUGUAUAUUUCCUCAGGAGUAAAAGCAUAAUUUGUCUCUAUGAAAUAUUGAAUAUUACUAUUUUAUUGUCCUAUUUAUUUUGCUAUCUAUGUCUCUCCACUUCCACCUAUUUCUAUCAGUCAUUAGGCUAUUAGUUUGUGGUCUAUCAAGUGACUAGGCCUCAUCAGAUCAUUGUCAAUGCUUUUAUAAAAUGUGCACAUAGUGAGUGGGCCAAAAUCAAGAGGGGUCAUCAUAUCUGUAUAUUUUUGCAUUUCCUGAUUAAAAUGUAUGAACUAUCAUAGCUUCUUAAAUGAAAAUAAGGCUAAUAUGUUUGCAGUUGGGGUGAAGAAGUCCUAAAAUCAACAAAGUUCCUGUAAUGGUUUGAUUAUUUUCUUCCUGGCUUGUUGCAAUGCUAUCUCUGUCUAGGGCAGGCCUACCUUAUGGCGGCAGAUGGAUGUGUUUGACCAGUUUAAAUAAUAAACCUUUCCCUUGUGGAUGUUGUGUACAACA